CCCCCUGCCCUCCCGAUGCCCGGGCCGCGGCAUGGGUCAGCUGCAGCGAUGCCUGGCGCGUGGGGAGUAUGGGCAGCUGCAGGAGUGCCCGCUCUUCGAGAGUGACUUCCUCCAGGUAUGCCCUGACCCCCCGCCCCCCUCAGCUCUCCCUGACUCCCCACAGGUGACCAAGAGUGGGGACAUGGCCAACCGGGUGACUCUGGGCAUCGCCGCCACCAGCCCCCGCCUGGAGCUGCCCGACCUCCUGCUGUUGGCGCGGCCUGUCCUGGCGCCCGCGGCGGGGCCUUGCUGCUGCCGCUGUGCCCAGGGGCUGCCCCCGCUGGGGGAGGAGGUCGAGCUCUUUGGGCUGCUGCCCCUGCGCUUCGUGCGGCUCUCCAUCCACGACGAACUGCGGCACCGGCUCAAGGUGCGUCUGGCCUCGGGCCGGACCUUCUACCUGCAGCUCCUGGCGCCGCCCGCCCAGCUGGAGCGAGUCUUCGGGCAGUGGGUGCGACUGCUAUACCGCCUGCGCUACCAGUGGCCCGGCGCCCGGACCAGGUGAUAUUCAAACCCCCCGGGGAGGAAAAGGGGGCACAGGGCAGGCGCCCCACCCAGAAACCACACACAGAGGAGUGGGGGUGGGCGGAGCCUCGUACCCCUCCCCCGAGUGUGAACCCUAAGACGCAGCAGCCCCCCAAUAAAAGGUGAGGAUCCA